AUGAGGUUGCAGCUAUCCAGCAUCCAGGUUGUUGCCUCUGCGGUACUGCUGCCGGUCUCCCAGGCAUUCAGCAUCGUAACAACUAAUGAUGCAAACGCUCUGGCCUCUGCCAUAUUCGGUCAAGGCAUAACCAUUCUCCAGGCCUCUUUUUCAGGCGCAACAGUAAGUUCUGGAACGUUUGCCGAUGGGCCUUUUGGUAUCGGAAGCGGUGGGAUACUCACCUCUGGCGCUGCUGUUGGAGCUCUACCCAACGGUGACCACUAUGUCAACAACGGAGCACCUGGUUCAGAUACUUAUUGCAAUGCAAACACUUUCAAUGCAGCGAUAUUAACUGUCGACUUCUUCCUCAAUCCAACCUACAGCGGUGUCAGAGUUGAGCUUAUUCUUGCAUCGGAAGAAGAAGGCGGCUCUGCUGACCCCAUCGGCAUCUUUGUUGGUGGCACGCAAUAUGCCUUGGAUCCCAAUGGGAAUAAGAUAACCGCGACCAGUCCUUAUCUUGCGCAGCCUAUUGGCAUCACACCGCCUGACAGCGUGACCUCAUAUCCCGGCUCAUCACCACCUUUCUGGAUUGAUAUCCUCACCUCUGGUGCUCAGACCAUGGUCAUUGCCAUUUGUGACCAAGGAGAUUCAGAGUGGGACUCGGCGCUCCUGAUCAACGCUGAGGGUUGUAUUGAUUGUGAUACUGAUGUCCGCCUCGCUUAUGUGACGACUACGACUACAUUACCACCGGGUGAGGCGACUUUCACCUCUACUACCAAAGCUUCAGGAACUGUGUCAGGAACAAUCAGGAUCGGAGUAACAGCGGACGAGACCACCACCACCACAGCAGAGCCUACCACAAAUACUACGCAAGACUUUACAACUACAACUGAAGAGCCCACCGCCACUACUCAGGAGACUACGCCUACAGAAACAUCAACCGAGGCCAGCAGUACGUUGACAUCUUCAGAAGAACUGCUGGAUACCACCACAACAACUCUUGUGACAAGUGAUGUGACGAAAGAGUCUUCAACCAUUGCGAUUGAGUCAACUUCUGAAAUCAUCACUACAACAUCCCUGGAUUCUUCCACUCAGAGUACAACGGGUACAAAGACGAUCCGUACUUCUGAUGCCCCCAUUAAUGGCACCACCACUUCUUCCGGCUAUGUUAAAACGCCCAUCACUGGUUCAGCAGUCUCAGCCUCUACCGAUGAACCCACCGAGAGCUUGAGUAGCGAUAUCUCAACUCAGGAUACUGCAGCCAUUACUUCAACAGCUGGUGGUAUACCAACUCCAGCAACAUCGACAGUUGCUGCCUCAUCUAUUAUGCCGACCAACCUACCUGUGAUUGGGACAUUUAGGUUCUUUGGUUGUCUCGGUUCUCCAGCUGGCUACCCUAGCUUUGAAUUAAUCGGCGAAGGACCCGACAUGACUACUGAAGAAUGUAUCGAAGCGAUUUCUAGUUCUUUAACUACUUCGGACGUUCUCAGCGCGGUGGACGUGAAGACAGACAACUCUCUCUUACCUACUGGUAAUCCUACCAUUCCUAUUUCUCUUUCUUCAAGCACACGAUCUCUCGUUGACUCUACUAUUACCGUAGAGCCUUCAGUUACUAUCAUUCACUCACAAGGCAGAAGGCCUAUCAUUCCCCCAUUUCCAACAACUAUCCCCUUCAAUGCAGGCAACUUCACAAGGACCGAAGCUGUAGUAAUUACUACUAUAACAUAUACACUUUACACAACCUUAAGAUCUCCUCCCUGCCGUCACUGCCAGUAUCAGCAACCACAAACGGUAGAGAUGACCACCAUCAAAGUUGACUGCAAUGCUUGUGGCCACUACGGCGAGAACACAAUCAUUCUGGAUGUUCCAGCGGGCGCAGUCGUGGUAGCUCCGACCGGAGGUCACUCAGUUCACGAAACUCACCAAGUGCAGUAUCAUGAGCCCAACCCGUAUAGACAGAAACCUCGCCCCGAUGAGUCAGACCCUCAUAUUUGGCAAAAGCCUCGGCCACAAAACACUUCGCCUGCCACUCGCAACGAACUACAUGACGGCGAAGGAGGACAUAAGUUUGUUCAACCUCAGACUUACCAAGGCGGACCAACUGGCACUAGGAGCAGUCAUGGACAAGGAGAGCCCGCUGUAGUGACUAAGACUGAACCAAAGCCUACACCGGUAGGAUGGAAUAGACAGCCCGAGCCUCCAGAAUCAACAUUUUACCGCAGGCCAGGUCCGGCAUCUACACCAGUGGCGCUUGAUGUGCCUAUUGUGGUGGUCUCAGGGGCUGUAGCGAAAACGAUGGAGGGUAUGUUUAUGGCGAUCUCCUUGAUGACUGUAUUUGUUUUCUCUUUGUAA